AUGGACCUCUCCGCCACCGGAGAAAACGCGAUCCGACGCUGCCUACGUCGUACCCAAAUCAACGUUAAUGGAGCCCAACUGCCAGCCGUGGACAACUUCACCUACCUGAACAGCACCAUCUCUCGCAACACUAAAAUCGACGAUGAAGUGGCCCGUCGGGUUUUCAAGGCCAGCCAAGUCUUUUGCCGUCUGCAAGACACCGUUUGGAAUCGAUACGGUCCCCACCAAACUGAAGUUGUACAAGACGGUCAUCCUGUCAACGCUGCCGUAUCGAGCGGAGACUUGGACGAUGUACAAAAAGCAGGCAAAAAUACCCAACCAUUUCCACCUCAGCUCCCUCCGGCGGAUACUAAAACUGAGGUGGUAGAACCGGAUCUCGGACAUGGACGUACUGGGACGGACGGGAAUCCUCAACAUCUACGCCAGGCUGAGACAACUGCAACUGUGCUGAGGCGGCCAUCUGGUGCGCAUGGACGACAAGCGGUUACCCAAACGACUCUUUUAUGGAGAUGUCAUCACGAGUUCCCACCGAAAGGAAUACAAGUCCGCCGCCACAGGGAAUACCCUGAAGACUUCCCUGAGGCGCCAGAAAAUCAAUCCGGCCAACUGAGAAGACCUCGCCCGUGACUGACCGACUUAGCAGAGAGCAGCGAAGACCGGCAGCAAUCUACGAAUCUAACCGGAUCACCGCUGCCAAAACCAAACACGAAGCUCGUUAAUCCCACUGCCCCGCCUAGCAAACAGCAAUAAGCAAACGUCCCUGUCGUGUGCAUGAUGCCAGCAGACGUUCCGGGCACCGAUUGGCCUCAUUUUACAUCUUCGUACUAAUUGCAGCACCCGGACGACACCACUCGAUGUCCCCCGUCCACCUCUGACUCGUCCCCUGCGCCCGUAAUCAACACUGACCGUAUGCCUGAACCCUCACUGCCAUCCUCCUCCAUCGCCCCAACAUCCGCUGCGACGCCUCCUGAGCCCACCACCACUGCAGUUAAUCCCAACACAACGACAAACGUCAACCUCAUCAUUGCCAACACCAGCGACGUGGACUCGGUCAAUAACUGUCCCCAUUGUGAUCGCACCUUUACUUCACACAUCGGCCUGAUCGGUCACUUGCGGAUCCAUCGCACAGAGACUGUCUAG